CAAGGCUGCGUUCGGGGAGACGCUAUUUUGCGCUAUGAGCGUCCUCUGUCCUUGUUCAACUUUCAGGAACAAACAAGGACAGAGCACACUCAUUGCGCUAAAUAACAUCUCCCCGAAUGCGCCCCAAAUGUCUAUGUUCGCAACAAAUAUUUAGGAAGAUAUAAGAAGAAGAAGCAGAAGAUGAAAACGUAGUAUUGUUUUCUCAGAGAGACAAAUAUUGUUUAAGAAGUAGAAGAUUCAUUCUUUUUGAAGAGCUAAACCUUCAAAAGUUCAUAUCAACAUACAUCAUGGAUAUACAAAUAGUUAAUACACGACGAAAAAUAUUAAGUCAUGUGGUUUGCAGUACUUUAGUAGAGUGCGGUUUUGACGCGUGUGAGAAAGAAGUUGUGGAGACUUUUACAGAGAUGUUACAGUCAUUUAUCGUGGAAACUGGAGCUUCUGCAAGAAAUUACUGCGAACUCUCUGGACGAACUGAGCCUCUGAUAGCGGAUGUAAUAUUAGCAUUAAUCAAUAUGGGUAUGAGAUUAGAUAAUCUGGAGGUGUAUGCAAAGAGGCAGAAUAGGACAAUUUUGCCAACACUUCAACAACAGACACAAUCAAAGCAAUUAAAUAUCUUGCAAGCUGGUGUCAAGCAAGGUCACCCAUCACAUAUACCAGUUCACUUACCAUCUUUCCCUGACCCACAUGCAUAUAUCAGAACACCAACGCAUAAACAACCUGUAACGGAAUAUGAAGCCAUAAGAGAAAAGGCAGCAACUCAGAAACGAGAUAUUGAAAGAGCUCUAACAAGGUUUAUAGCUAAGACAGGAGAAACACAUAGUCUAUUCCUCACAGAAGACAAUAGCAUGUUUCCUUUAAUAUCUUGUAAGUCACAAUUCCCCAACUACAUCUCUGCUCUCCUACCACAAGAUCAAAUAUUUGAGCCAGAUACAGAUUUUCAGUUUGAACCAAGCCCAGUAAAAAAAAAGAAAGAACAGCAAACUAAAGAAACUGAAGAAGGUAAUCAAACACAAAAUGAGAAUGAACAGAAUGGUGAGGCUACUACUCAGCAAGAUGUUAUAGAUAAUCCAUAUUUGAGACCAGGAAAGAUUCCUAAGAAUAAAAUAGGUACAACAGCACCUACGCAGAAUUCCAUUAAAAGAGAACCUUUUGAUUCUUAAGUACUGUGAUAUGAUUUAUAUUAUUAAGCAAUAAUUUGUAACGCAUAUAUUAUACAGAUUCGUUAUAAUACAUUAAACAGAUCAUAGUAAUUAAGAGUAAUAACUAUUAUAUAUACACAAUAAAAGUUAUUUUUAUUAUAAA